UUUCGCCCAUUGACGCCUUUUAAACAGAUGACUGUAACAUUAUUGAACGAAGCACCCGACACCUCUUCUUUAAAGCCUCGACAUAUACAGAAAGAAACGGCACUUCUUAUUUCACCACCUCUUGCUGGUCAUCAAGGGCCCAUUUUUGGACAAUUAAGCGUUUGUGAAGAUCAAUUUUAUUUUUACUCAGAAGACGCCAAUUCUGGUAUUGCUGUUGAGUAUCCUGAUAUUAUCAUCCAUGCUAUUUCCAGACAGGAAGGGCAGCCAAAUAUUUACUGCCAACUUGAUUCUGGAUUAUUCUUCCCUAACCAACAAUUACCUGAAGACAAAGAAGAAAGAAGAGAAACCGUGACAGAACUUCGCUUAAUUCCAAAGGAUACUGGCGCCUUAGAGGGCAUCUAUUUAGCUAUGUCUGAAUGUGCAGCGCUUCACCCUGACGAGGAAUUCAUGGCUGAGCAAGAGGAUUAUGAAGACGAAGAAUUCUUUGCUGAUCCAAGUGAUGAGGCUGAGUUGAAUGAAGCUCAACAAGCAGCUCUUCGUCAUUUAGAAUCAGUUUUCGAGCCACCCAUGUCAAACGGUCAUGAGAUACAACCAUUCGAAGACGCAGAGAACAAUGACCAUUGAGCAUGACAUAAAAAUUGAUAUCCAUAUUAGAAAAAGAAAAUAAAAAAAAAAGAAACCUAGGAAUACACAGCAAAA